AUGACGAUGAUGAAAAGGACUCUGGAAGAAGAGUCGGAUAGUAAAGAGACAAAGAAACCGAAACCGAGGGCAACAUAUCCUUGCAUCCUCGGAAAGGAUAAAGUAACAGGCAGAUUCAUUUUUCCCACUAUCAGUAAGGACGAUGUGAUGAACGCAAGAUUGUUUCUGAAGAAUAAUGAUUUGAAGACGUUUUUGGAAUAUUUUCUGCCGGUGGAAGUCAACUCGAUCUACAUUUAUUUCAUGAUCAAAAUGCUGGGUUUCGACGUCAAGGAUAAGGAGCUGUUCAUGUCUUUGAAUUCUAACAUCACCUCUAACAAAGAACGUAAAAAUAGCACUGUAGCAUUAUCUCCACGCGCAGAAGAUGACAAUGGCGAUGGGUUGACGGACCCCUUGGAGAAAAAAUAUGCUGUAAAAUUAAUCAAAGACUUACAAAAGGCCAUAAACAAAGUUCUUAGCACAAGACUUCGAUUGCCUAACUUCAACACAAUCGACCAUCUCACCGCCACUCUACAUAAUGCUAAGAAAAUUUUGGUUCUAACGGGCGCCGGGGUUUCAACUUCUUUGGGUAUUCCGGAUUUUAGAUCUUCCGAAGGGUUUUACUCCAAAAUUAGACAUCUCGGGUUGGAAGAUCCUCAGGACGUUUUCAACCUGGAUAUAUUCUUACAAGACCCCUCUGUUUUCUAUAAUAUUGCUCACAUGGUUUUACCUCCGGAGAACAUGUAUUCACCUUUGCACAGUUUUAUCAAAAUGCUACAAGACAAGGGUAAGCUAUUGAGAAACUACACACAGAAUAUUGAUAAUCUGGAAUCGUAUGCAGGAAUAGAUCCUGAUAAAUUGGUCCAAUGCCACGGUUCAUUCGCCACCGCAUCUUGCGUGACUUGUCAUUGGCAAAUUCCUGGUGAGAAAAUAUUCGACAACAUAAGGAAUCUAGAGCUGCCAUUAUGUCCCUACUGCUAUCAGAAGAGAAAGCAGUAUUUUCCGAUGACUAAUGGCAAUAACACAAUGCAAACAAACACAAGUUUCAACUCAACCAUUUUGAAAUCGUAUGGUGUUUUGAAACCAGACAUGACGUUCUUUGGCGAAGCCCUGCCAUCGAGGUUUCAUAAGACCAUCCGUAAAGAUAUACUAGAAUGCGAUUUGUUGAUUUGCAUAGGCACUAGUCUGAAAGUGGCUCCGGUAUCUGAAAUUGUCAAUAUGGUACCUUCGCAUGUUCCGCAAAUCUUAAUCAAUAGGGAUAUGGUUACACAUGCGGAAUUUGACUUGAAUCUGUUGGGGUUUUGUGAUGAUGUGGCUAGUUUCGUAGCCAAGAAAUGUAAUUGGGAUAUACCGCAUAAAAAAUGGGAAGACUUAAAGAAAAUCGAUUACAACUGUACGGAAGUAGAUAAAGGUACGUAUGAGAUUAAGAAACAACCACGAAAGAAAAAACAGUAA